UACAGUCUUGACACGUUACAGGUUGGACUUGUUUUUGUUUUUUGUUUUUCUCCUCUGCAAAGCUGAGCCAAACGGUUCAGGGUGUUACAACACAAGGAUGCCGACAGGCACUACUGUAUUUGUAAUUGUUGUUUACUAUUUUUAAUAUUACCCAGGAUCUUUUAAUUGUUGACAAAUUAACCUAGCAGCCGCCAUGGCAAAUGUCUUUUCCCACGGUGUGAGGAGAAGACUGUGGAGACCAGUGACGGUGUUGAGGACCUUUCAAGUAAAGGGCAGGCAUCAACACAACAAGGCAAUGGACGGCGACAAACCUUGGGCUCUGAUCUCCGAGGUGGGCGAGCAUGGCAUCCUGGAGCAGGCCAUGGACAUACUGAGGCAGCACUUCAGCGUCGUCCACCACCAGGACUUCCUGAAUGACCCGGGCCUCCAUGGCCCCAAAAUCCAGGCCCUGUUUCAGUGGAUGAAGCUUCCGGAGCCCACGCCGGCGCUGCUCGGCUCACUCCCGGCGCUCAAGGUGAUUGCCAGCGGAGGAGCUGGCUUCGACCACCUGGACCUGCCCUACAUCGCCCGCCUGGGGCUGAAGGUGGCCAACACGCCUUGGGUGGUCAGUGACAGCACGGCGGAUAUGGCCAUGGGGCUCCUUCUCGCGUCGGCGCGCAACAUUGUUGAAGGUCAUCAAAUGAUGAUGGACCCCAAGACCACCACGUUGCCGCAGUGGAUAGGUAGCGUUGAGGUGUCGGGGUCCACUCUAGGCAUCAUCGGAAUGGGAAAGAUUGGGUGCAAAAUCGCUCAGCGGGCCAAGGGAUUUGACAUGAAGAUUCUCUACUACAACAGAAACAGAAGGAGUGUAGAAGAGGAGCAGGCGUUGGGGGCCAGCUACUGCGAGAACUUGGCCGACCUGCUGGGCCGCUCUGACUUCGUGAUGCUGGCCGUGUGCCUGACGCCCGAGACCACCGCCCUCAUCGGUGCCAAGGAGCUGGCCUUAAUGAAGCCCACCGCCACGCUGGUCAACAUCAGCAGAGGUCAGGUGGUGGACCAGGACGUGUUGGUUAAGGCUUUGCAGUCCUGGACCAUACGGGCCGCUGCCCUGGAUGUGACUCAUCCCGAACCUCUACCAAGGGAUCAUCCUCUCCUCGGGCUUCCCAACGUGCUGAUCACCCCUCACUUUGGCACCAGUACCAUCACCACCAUAAGGAAGAUGGUGCAGAAGAUGGUCGACAACGCCCUGGCUGCCAUUAAAGGAGAAUCUAUGCCCGAUGAAUUAAAAUGCUGAAUAUUAGACCAGCAUUUCUCAACCUUUAUUAAGCCAAGGCACAUAUGUUAUUUUACUAUAGAUAGUAGAAAAAACUAUACUUUUAUAUAGUAUGUAUAGUACACAAAACUGAUUGAUAGCACUAAUCUAUAUUUUGUGUAGUCAAGUGUAUUUAUGAUUCAAAAAUAAAUCAUUUUAAACAUUU